CACUGAAGGGGAGGGGGAGCUUUUUGCUUUGUGCAUCAGCGUCUGUUGUUUUGAAUAAGUGUUCACUGGAAGGGCCAGGUACCAUAAAUGCUUUUUUACCGUUGGGUGCAGGUAUUUAAGGGUGUGGUCUGGUUCUUAUAAAGAGCGUUUCCAAAGGAUCAGCAGGAGACACUCCGAACUCUGUCUUUACUUCAGCUGCAGCAUCUACUACGGACUCUUCAACCAGAACUAAACAUGGACAGCAACUCUGGUUUGAGCAGAAACAAUGAGGAAAUGAGGAUAGUGAUGGUGGGGAAGACUGGGACUGGGAAAAGUGCCACUGGAAACACCAUUCUGGGACGAGAGUGCUUUAAAUCAGAGUCAGAGUCUGUGACUACCGACUGUUCCAAGGGCAACGGUGAGGUGGACGGGCAACAGGUGGCUCUUAUCGACACCCCAGGCCUGUUUGACACCAGGUUUGACAUGGAUAGAACCACUAAAGAUCUAAGCCAGUGCGUCUCUUACGCUGCUCCUGGACCCCAUGUGUUCCUGGUGGUCAUCCGGCUGGGCAGAUACACUCCAGAGGAAAAGCAGACAGUGCAAUGGAUUCAAGACAUCUUUGGACAGGCUGCAGACAGAUACAGCAUGGUCCUCUUCACUCAUGGAGACCUUCUUGAAGACACAACUAUUGAAGACUUCUUGAAGGAUUCCCCAGACCUGCAAGAACUCGUGACCAGAUGUAAUGGCCAGUACCAUGUCUUCAAUAAUAAGCUGAGGGAUCGCUCUCAGGUCACUGAGCUGCUCCAGAAGAUCAGAAGUCUGACCCAGAAGAACGGAGGAAGCCACUACACAAACGAGAUGUUCCAAGAGGCUAAGUGGGCAAUGAGAGAAGAGACACAACGCCUCCUGAUCGGGAAAGCAGAGCAAAUACGCAAAGAACAACAGGAAUUAGAGAGAAAACUUCAGGAACUAUAUGAGAAACAGAUGAAGAAAAUAAUAGAACAACUUCAGGUUGAGACAGAGAGGGUGAGGAAAGAGAGAGAGGAGGAGAGGAACAGGGAGAGGGAGGAAAGAGAAGGAGAGAGGAAGAGAGAUGAAGAGGAGAUGAAUAAAAAGAUUGAACAACUUCAGGCUGAGAGAGAGAGGGAGAGGAAAGAGAGAGAGGAGGAGAGGGAGAGGGAGAGGGAGGAAAGAGAAGAAGAGAGGAAGAGAGAUGAAGAGGAGAUGAAUAAAAAGAUAGAACAACUUCAGGUUGAGAGAGAGAGGGAGAGGAAAGAGAGAGAGGAGGAGAGGGAGAGGGAGAGGGAGGAAAGAGAAGAAGAGAGGAAGAGAGAUGAAGAGGAGCUGAAGAAAAAGAUAGAACAACUUCAGGCUCAGAGAGAGAGGGAGAGGAAAGAGAGAGAGGAGGAGUGGACGAGGGAGAGAGAGGAAAGAGAAGAAGAGAGGAAGAGAGUUGAAGAGCGGAUAACGAACAAGAUUGAACAACUUCAAGCUGAGAGAGAGAGGGAGAGGGCUGAGAGAGAGAGGGAGAGGGAGGAAAGAGAAGAAGAGAGGAAGAGAAAUGAAGAGGAGAUGAAGAAAAAGAUUGAACAACUUCAGGCUGAGAGAGAGAGGGAGAGGAUACAGAUGGAGGAGGAGAGGAAGAGAGAGAGGGAGGAAAGAGAAGAAGAGAGGAAGAGAAAUGAAGAGGAGAUGAAGAAAAUGAUUGAACAACUUCAGGCUGAGAAAGAGAGGGAGAGGAAAGAGAGAGAGGAGGAGAGGGAGAGAGAUAAAGAGGAGAGGAAGAGAAAGAUAGAACAACUUCAG